CAAUGGGGGACCAUGAUGGGUACUACAAUUAUUUUGAAAAACCUCAAAAUUCAAAACAAAGAGGACUUGAAGACGAGAAUAUUGUUUAUGAACAGCUUUUGUAUGGGGAAAUUGUGAUAAGAGAAAAUGGACAAAUUUGUGUGCAAGUACAAGGAGAUGUGAAGGAUUUGAGCUUUAAUGAAUCCGAUUCUAUCAGACUUAUUGAAAAGAACGGUCAACAAACCCUUUUAAUUGAAAAGAGGACAGAACAUGACUAUUGUAAACAAAAAGGUUUUGUUGGAAAAGAAGGGAGACACACAGCAAAAGAUCAGCCACAACAACGUGAUGACCAUCAACUCUCUGCUAUUCAAAAUCCAGAUGGUCAUGAAGAAGUAGUAGUGAAUGCUGAUGAGGAGGCUGUUGGUUUAGAUGGUAUUGAUUUUACUGGAUGUGGAGAAGAAAUAGGUUUUUUUUAUUUUCAUAUGGGAUCUCAUGGGCUUAUUCAGAGUCGAAUUUCAGUAGGCUAUAUGCGGGUGUAUGCCAAUGAAGUAACCGUAGGGUCGAUUUCCAAGGGGCUAGCCCCCCUGGAAAUGCUUUCUUUUACCUUCCUCCGGGUCAAGGGUGUUACGUGUUGUGAAAAACUAGUCAGUACAACCCCAACAACAGAAAAUAUCAAUUUAAACUCUACCAAUCGUAAACAACUCAAAAGAGUUUUUGGUUCAAAUAAAUGUCAAGAGUGUGACCAAACAUUUACUAACAUGGCCCGUCUGGAAAGGCAUUUAGCUGUUCAUCAAUGUUUUGGCGCUUAUGUAUGCCCUCUAUGUGGAAAAACGUUUAAAUACGAAUAUAAUCUGUUUUAUCAUUGGAGAAGAACUUGCAGAGAUUUGAAUGAAAUGAUGACUAUUGAAGAAAGAAAGGUUUGA